GAAGCGGGUCACAUUGAAUCUCUCGAAAUGGCUAGCGGGGACAAAUGUUUGAACAUCACUACGCUGGAGGCCAAAGACGUCCGCUGGCCAACCUCCCUCGGAGCUCACGGUUCGGAUGCGAUGCACACUGACCCGGAUUACUCUUGUGUUUACGUUACGAUACGAACUUUGGAGGGAACCUACGGCAAUGGACUAACGUUUACUUUAGGUCGCGGAACGGACAUCGUUCUGCUGGCGGUAAAAUCGCUGAAGAAAUUCGUCGAAAAUCGCACCACGGCCAGCAUUUACGGCAACUUUGCCAAAUUUUGGCGCGAAAUCACCAGCGAAUCGCAGCUGCGCUGGAUCGGACCGGAAAAGGGCGUCACCCAUUUGGCGGUGGCCGCCAUCGUCAACGCGCUGUGGGAUCUGUGGGGUAAAAUCCGGGGCGUUCCGGUGUGGCGACUGCUGACCGAGAUGGAACCGGAGGAGCUGGUCUCAACGAUCGACUUCCGCUACAUUACGGACGCAAUUACACCGCAGGAAGCGGUUGCCAUCUUGAGGGAGGGUAAAACGGGCCAGCGGGCGAGAAUCGAUGAGCUGGUGGCGAACGGGUAUCCAGCGUACACCACGCAGGUUGGGUGGAUCGGUUACAGUGACGACCAGAUUCGGUCCCUGUGCCGGAAGUAUCUCGAGGCGGGUUUCACCGCGUUCAAGAUCAAAGUUGGGCAGGAUUUGGAGAACGACCGGAAGCGGUGCCGGCUGGUGAGGGAGGAAAUUGGGUGGGAGAACAAAUUGAUGGUUGAUGCCAACCAAGUUUGGGACGUGAACACCGCCAUCGACUGGAUGAAAAACUUGAAAGAUUUCAAACUGCUGUGGAUUGAAGAGCCGACGUCGCCGGACGAUGUCCUUGGCCACAAGGCGAUUGCUGACGCUUUAAGACCUCUAGGAAUCGGCGUCGCUACCGGAGAGAUGUGCUGCAACAGAGUCAUGUUCAAACAAUUCCUUCAAGCUCAAGCCUUGGAGUUUUGCCAAAUCGAUUCGGCAAGAAUCGGUGGCGUUAACGAAAUCUUGUCCGUCUAUCUGAUGGCGAAGAAGUUCAACACAAAAGUCUGUCCGCACGCCGGUGGAGUCGGAUUGUGCGAAAUGGUGCAGCAUCUGCAGCUGUGGGACUUUACGUCCGUUUCCGGUACGAUGGACGGGCGAAUGGUGGAGUUUGUGGAUCAACAGCACGAACAGUUCCUGCAUCCGGCUACGAUAAAUGCGAAGGCGUGUUAUGUGGCUCCGGUGGCGCCUGGGUACUCUACGGAGCUGAAACCGGAAGCGGUGGAGCAGUACGAGUACCCUCGUGGAACGGAGUGGCAGCGGAUGUUUGAUGAGGGGGUUUUUGCGAGGGAAGUUUGAAGAAUUCUGGAUUUUUGAAGAGAUUAAAUUUUCUGCUUUUUUAGUAAUA